UCAGGCAAGAGUAGCACAAACUGAGAACACUUGUGGUUGUAUUUAAACCUAUAGUUAACAUUAGAUUUUUUUGGUCUGUAAAAGACUAUAAAACGACUUUAUUCUCUUUUAAAUCAGCAAUUAAAUCAUAUUCAAUGGAAUACCAAAAUGCGGCAGAUUUGAACGGUUGUUGCAAUGGCAAAAUUGUCACAGAGUAUCUCUGCCGAAACGGCUUUAGCGAGAUGUCAGUCGAGGCGAAGAAAGUCGCUGUCCAGCACAAAAAUGAGACAUCCCGGAAAGAGGCGGAGGAUGAGUCGCGGUUACCUGCGCUGGAGGCGGCGUACACAACCAUACUGCGAGGAGUCGGAGAAAACACUGACCGACAGGGGCUCCUGAAAACCCCACUCCGUGCAGCCAAGGCCAUUCAGUUCCUGACCAAAGGGUACCAUGAAACAAUAUGCGAUAUCCUUAAUGAUGCCAUCUUUGACGAGGACCAUGAGGAGCUGGUUAUUGUGAAAGAUAUUGACAUGUUUUCUCUUUGUGAACAUCAUCUAGUACCAUUUUUUGGCAAGGUUCACAUAGGAUAUCUGCCAAGUAAAAAGGUGGUUGGCCUCAGUAAGCUUGCAAGAAUUGUUGAAAUCUACAGUCGAAGACUUCAAGUGCAAGAGCGUCUAACGAAGCAAAUAGCAAUGGCGAUCUCUGAGGCUUUGCAGCCUGUUGGUGUAGCAGUUGUCAUUGAGGCAGCUCACAUGUGCAUGGUCAUGCGUGGAGUACAGAAGAUGAACAGCCGUACUGUGACUAGUGCCAUGCUGGGUGUGUUCAGAGAGGACCCAAAGGCUCGGGAGGAGUUCCUGGCCCUGACCAAAAGUGCAUAGUAAUCCACACUUACCUGCUCCAACUCGGUGUGUUUACAGUGAAACAGGUCAAUGAUUAUUCUCUACAUACUGAAACCCUCCAUGGUGCUAAGAGAAUCUCACUGAGCCAGAGUUGUAGAUCUUUUCCACCAGCUACUGAGACACAGAAUGUGUGUACUGUAAUGCCUACAGCUGAAACUCAGGGGUCUUCUCUGUUUGCAUAUAUUGAAAUCCUAAUAUAUAAAAUGUGAAUAUUGAAGAAUCAGUGUUACUACACACUACUACUUUUGAGGAAAAGUUCCUGUAGGUACCAGUUUGAUAACACAUCACUGAAUUCUCAGGCAAAAUAAUUCUCAAAGCUGCCUUAAAACUGACAUAUUUAAUAUUUUUCUUUUUAGUAAGUUAACAAUUAUUUCAGUUAUCUUUGUCUCUGCUACUAACAAUUAUAAGUCUAUGUUUAAGCUUUUUAAUAUAUUCAAAUUAACAUUGCCUCAGAUACUCCUAACUUUAUUACUUUUUACAACAUGAAAACAUUAGAAAACUAAUUUGUAUAUAACUUAUAAAAUAUCAAGUAAUACAAAUGUUUCAGUCACUUUUUUCAUAUUCCCUGAUUAGCUAAUUUUCAA